CGUCAGCCAAUUCAUCGACUCUUCCACCUUCUUCGCCUCCGUCUCCCCAAACAGAAACUCCACCCGUCUCCCUGCCGGCCGGCCGUCGCCUGCAAAAACACGCCGCCGCUUUCCCUGUCACUCUUAUCCCUCGCUCCCACCGCCACUACGCCUCGGGCUCUCUCCCUCGCCUUCACCUCGGGCCCCGAUCGUCGUGGAGGCCGGAGAUCCAAGCCUGAGAUCCGGUCGGAGCCGUCGUGGAUCGGCCAUCCCGAUCCAUCCUGGCCGUCGCCGUCUUCGCUUGGUCACUGCACGCGUUCCUCUUCGUUGGUCCCGCAAAUCGCAUCAGGGAGGGACGGAUUGAGCUUCAACGCCAGGUGGGCUGUAUCAUCGGUGUUUAGUUGCAACUUUAGAAGAAAACAGCUCUUUAGUUCUGUGAUGAAAAGUCAGGGCAUAUGACUUCGCAUACGAUUUUCCCGGUAUUAUUCUUUUCUGAUGCAGGAGCGGAUAUUUGUUGAGUUUGAACUACUGGUCUGAUACUCUGAUAAGAUGUCACUGAAACUUCCACUUCCCCAAGGGCUUUCCUUCCUAAGAAGUGUUGGAUGGUUCGAAGACAGGAAGGUUGAUUCAGCUGCCAAACAGCAGUUGUCGCCAUCAUUGAAGCUCCAGACAGAUAAGGAGGUGUACAGACCCGGUGAUUCAAUCACGGUGACUAUAGAAAUCUGUAGCCCUGCUAGUUUAAAGGAUGAUGUGGGGCAGAAACUGUCGGGAGACGAAGGCCCCUCACUAUUGUUAGAUGUGCUCUCCUUCGAACUUAAAGGGAUUGAGAAGCUGGAUAGACAAUGGUUCUCUGUUCCAAAGCCCUUACCAGGGUCAAAACAAAGGAGAGGUGAACAUAUGUUUCUGGAUUGUUCGGCACUUUCGCUGGUCCCUAAAGUAACUAUUGCUUCAGGGCAAACAAAAACAUACAUUGUACGUAUGGAACUCCCGAAUAUUUUACCGCCAUCUUAUAGGGGUAUCAGUAUUCGCUAUAUUUAUUAUGUGAGGAGCACAUUAUUUGGAAGGUCGAUUGUAUUGGGUAAUGAAGACCAAAAUAACGGUCCCAUGAAUAGUGUGAUUCAAUUGGAAGCUCGAGCCCCAUUGCAGAUACGUGUUUCCCAGAAAAGCAGCAACCUACUAAAUGAAGAAGGGAGGUUACCGUUCUCAAUUGAUCAACUGGCCAUAUUUUGGAGGGUAAAAGAUGAAGAUUCAGAAUGGACCAAAGCAAAUGAUAAAACUGAUCUAGAAGAAGGAUAUGAUAGUUCAAAAGAUGAAGUUUCAUCUGUUUCCUCGUAUAACCCUUCCAAUGCAAAUCAUGAAUCCUCCCUCAGGAACUCGUCGUCGAUGCAGUCCUUGUCAUCACACCUCUCCACAAGCGAGCCAUUGUAUAAUCAAGUAGAACGACCCAGUUUCCCAUCGUACAGUCCAAUUCCUCGGUUGUCUGUGUCAGAGAUUUCAGAUGAUCACGAUAGAGGUGUAGUGUCACCUCAAAGGAAGCUAAACCAUAUGCUACCAGAUCAUCCAUCAAAUGGGCAAAGGUUUUCUCCAGAUUCUGAUAGCUCAAAAGAUGAUGUUGAACUCCCCUUUACUUCGAAACAUGUUGAACCAGCUGGAUCUGAAGGCUUUACGAGAGGAAGAUCCUAUAAUAUAAGAAUAGAUGACCAAGUCUUGCUUCGUUUCUCACCAAAAAAUUCUGACUCUACUUAUUACUUUGGUGAUAUGAUUGGUGGAGCACUCGCCUUUUUUCAUGGAACUGGAACACGGAGGUGCCUCGAGGUAUCUAUAACCCUGGAAACAUCAGAAACAAUUAAUCCUCGUGCCUUACAUCCCUCAAGAAGGGGCUCGCCCACAAUAACCAAGGUGCACAGUGAACAUCAUGAGGUUGUUGCGGAUCUUCACCAGACAAGCUUUCUCUUUUCGAUUCCCAUUGAUGGUCCUAUGUCAUUUUCUACCUCAAAGGUCUCUGUACAGUGGUCUCUUCGAUUUGAGUUCUUCACAACUCCUGAAGGAACAGACCCAGCUAGGUACGAGCACCUACUUCUUGUUGAGAAAAGAGAAAAGGGGGAAUGGGUCCUCCCAAUAACUGUUUACGCACCUCCAUUGCGUAGACGAGCUACUCAUGGAAGAAACGAUAGAUCUGCCUUACCUGGAACCAUCUUCAACUCUUGAAGUGCAGUCUUGCUAUCUAUACCUGAUUUUUCAUCAUUUGCUUGUCGAAGUAUAGUUUCAUGAAGCUGGAAGGAAUGCCAAAUUAUUUGCUCAGUCAGCUGUUGAAGAAUCUGCAGUUUGAUAUCUAUUUUGUACAAAAACACAUCAUAAGCAUAAAACAAAUGGAGUUAGGAGAAAUGUGUGUUGCAUCAAGUGUACUGCAUUUGUUUCAUGGAUUUCUGUUCAUCCCCUGAGAGCAGGCAUUUGCACUCAGCACUUAAUUUACUUGAUGCAACACCAAUAUUACAAGAUACUGAUCAUGAACCGACCACAGAUACACGACAUAUAAAAAAGGCUUUGACA